UCCGCCGCGCGCACGGAGGGCGGGAGCGGGGCCGGGGCCGGCGGGCGGGGCGGCUACUUCUGCAGCGCGUGCAGCCAGACGUUCGCGUCCGCGCCCGAGGCGCUCAAGCACCGGCGCAGCCUGGAGCACAAGCUGCGCGCGCAGCAGAAGCGGUGCGAGCGCGGGCUGGCCUCCUCCGACAGCCUGGCGCGGCCCUGCAAGGAGUGCUCCUUCGUGGCCGGCGACAUCCUCGAGCUCAAGGCGCACAUGGCCGAGCGACACCCGGACCUGCUCUACCAGUGCUCCAAGUGCGGCGCGGCGUUCGCCCUGCACCAGGAGGUGUCGCGCCACGUGCGCGAGAAGGCGUGCGUGUUCGCCAGUGACGACGCCACCGCCGCUGCCACGACGAGCCCUGGCGCCGGUGUCAGCGCCGGUUCGUCGACCGCCCCCGCGCCGGAGUCGGCGUCGCCGCCGCCGCCCCCGCCGCCCCCGCUGCCCGCCGCGGGCGCCGAGGGCGACGCCGGGGAGUCGCUGGGCUGCGCGCGCUGCCCGUUCCGCACGGCGUCGCGCGCCGAGCUGCUCUUCCACGAGGUCAUCCACGACCCGCCCGCCGCGCCCACCACGCCCACCGACCCGGAGCCGCGCUACCGCUGCCCCGAGUGCGAGCGCGUCUUCAAGAAGCACGUGCUGCGCUGGCACCUGUGUUCGCACACGGACGAGAAGCCCUUCAUCUGCGACGUGUGCUACAAGGGCUUCAACCACCGCUCCUCCAUGCGCGUGCACCGCCGCACCGCGCAUCCGCCGCCUCCGCCGCCCGCAUCCGCCUACCCACGGAAACGUCCCGCCGCCGGGCCCGGCCCGCCGCGAAGCAAGACGCAGGGCCCGCGCCGGCGAACAGGGAAAGCCCAGUGGCUGCGCGCGACUCAGGGGUGCACG